AUGCCCAAUGUCGAAGUCAAGUCAACCAGGCCCAGUCCCUAUUGGCGUCAUGCAAGUCCUCCGAGAAGGACAACCACAACCAAAUUGAAUUUAUCCUCGGAGCAAACCAGCAACCGAGUCGGCCAGCAGCUGCUGCGAACCCUGACUCAGAGCUUACCUUCUGGACAGGAAACCAUGCGCUCCCGAUCCUCCUGCCCACCCACACCUCGUCGGCGACGGGAGGCCAGUGUCUGCAGAUCGAUGGGUACUCCACAGUCAGUACCACUGAUAUCGCAUGGUAAGGCCAAGACACCAAUUCGGUUGAAGGCGGGUAUGCCGGUGAAGCAAGUGUUGGGUGGAGACCCACCCAAUUCGAAGGCUCUUGGGCAGUCUGUGAUGGCCCCAGUUAAACGCCGUAAUGAGUCCCCGACGGUCAAGGCGAAAAUCAGGGAGGAGCAGUACAAUAAGAUACCAGAGAUGGUAAGUGAGGCAUCCGUCGCCAAAGCCAGAGAAAAGGAGUUCGAAAGGAUACCUUCCAGGGUUUCUAGUUUGACCGAAGAAAACCAGCAAACAGAAGAGAAAACCAUAAAUAUUACAAUCCCGGAAACGCAGGAGAACUCAAAACCAGGAACGAAAACAAAUUCAAAGGAUAAUUUGCAGACCACUAGCUCCGAGAACUCAAAGCCAAAUCUAGGGGAAGAAAAGCCCACCGAGAACAUAGCAAAAACGCAACCAAAACCACCGGAGCCAUCGAACUCGAAGAUAAUUCCCUGCUUCCGAGGAGAGUAUCCCACCAGGCAUCGUCUUGGUACUUGCCAAUGGUUCCAGACCGACGUGCCCGAUUGCGGAAAUAUCGUGACCAUCUGCGAUGAGGAGCAGCAAGUUAUGGGUGAAGCGGAAAUCGUCACCGCCUGCGAGGUAACCGAGGCACAUUUCCUGAGCCUCGACUGCCAAGAUGAUAUGAACAGCGAACCGCCACCGCUCUCGAGAUGCAAUAAGUGCAUGGGUUGUCCACAGCAACAGAAUGGCAAUUGGUUUGGACAGCAACGAUCUUGUCUUAAACAGCCACAACCCUGCUUCCAACAGCAGCAACCUUGCUUGCAGCAGCAACCAUCUUGCUUCCAGCAGCAGCAACGAAAUUGUGGACGAAGUCCACCCUGUCCCAAUGCGAAGCCAAGAGGAGGUCUCAAGUACCCGGAUCAGCAGCAAUCCGGCAAAGCAUUUGCUUACAAUCUGCAGCAGUCGAUGCAGCAGCCCAUGCUUCCCCAGAUGCAGAAUAUGUAUCCUUGUCAGCAGUUUCAGCCAGUGAAUGCCAGUGACCAAAUGGAACAGCAAAUGCAGUUACAGCCGAAGAUGCAACAGCAAGGCAUUGAGGAGAACAACUAUGGCCUGACCGAAAUGCUGGCCGAGGAGCUGAAGAAACAAAUGCUCGAGGCUCAGGCGCAGAUUGCCCAAGUGCAACUGCAGUUGAAUAGUGCCUGCGGAGCCACAAGAGUGCGACAGAUGCAUGUGCUAUCCCAGAACGCCACUGAGGCCCCUCGUUGGGCGCCAGAAACUCAGUUCAUGGAUGCCUUGGCAGAGGAACAGGACGUGGGCGAUGCUCCGCCGGAUGCAACAAUUGAAAACGGUGAAGAGGAUCAAGUAGUUGACGCGCGAUUGGAUCAACAUUCAUUUCCAGCUAGCUUUCCCUGCCAAGCCAUUGAGUCCACCAGGUCGGAGACGAUUUGGGCCAUGCCAGCAGCUCCUCAGUCGUCACAGCCAGAGAUGCAGUUCGGCCUGUAUCCUAUGCCACUAUCGAUGCCAAAUCAGAAUAACUAUUUCCAGCGGAAUGCUCAACAGUUUCCUUGCCAAAUGGCUCCUUUUCAGCAGCCACAACAGCAGCAAAUGGCUCAUUGUCAGCAGAUUCAGUCCUGCAGAGCACCACCUUGCCCGCCCAAAAUGCCGCCUCCUUGCCAGCAGAAGCAGCAGCAGCGGUUAUCCUGUCAGCAGCAGCAGCAGCAGCAGCCCAUGAGAUCUGGCCAACCAGCCCAGUCCAAUAAGUGUUCCCAUUCUCCACAAUUUUGUCCCAGUUGUUGUUGCCAGCGGUAUGCCCAAAUGCGAUUCAUGAUGCCCCGAUGUUGGCUGCGCUAAGGACUUCGAAA